AUGGACGAUCCGUCGUUGUCGUGGGAUCCAGCGUUGUAUGGCGGAAUCGCGAAGACCUGGUUACCGAUUUCGGCCAUUUGGGUUCCCGAUAUCAUCAUUUUUAAUAUGUUGCAUCACGAAGAUCUCCUCUCGUCAGUCCGGGCUCCAGCUCUCAUCUACCCUAACGGGACUGUGGAAGCGAGUCAUCCAGCUGUCUACACAGUCACUUGCGAGAUCAACAUCAAGCGUUUCCCGCUGGAUGAUCAACGAUGUGCGCUGGAGGUGAGUUUCCUGUCACAUCCGUCUUCUGUCCUCGUCGACGUUUCCGCACUUGUACAUAGAGUGCACAAUUAA